AUGGCACUCAAGGUGAGUUACAAGCUAGGAACAGACUGCUAUAUUCUGUUUCAGUUCUUCUUCUUCCUUGCUGCUCUGGUCUCGAUAGUCAGAGGGAAACCUAGCCUACCUGUGGCGGCUGCUGCCAUCUCUGACUCCACCUACGACCCUGUUCCCCAAUACUACUUCGGAUACGACGUUCAAGACGCCUUGACGGGAGAUUCAAAGAGCCAAAUUGAAACCCGCAAUGGAGACGUAGUUUUGGGUCAAUACAGUCUCAACGAUCCAGACGGAACACGGAGAAUCGUAGAUUAUACGUCAGACUCGAUCAACGGAUUCAAUGCUGUAGUCAGAAAAGCUCCAUUGGCUCUCGCUACCCCCGUUGUAGCCCCAGCUGCAGUGGCACCUGCAGUAGAACCUGUAGCAGUUAGAGCUGUGGCUGCUCCUUUGGUGGCUAGAGCUUUACCAGCACUGCCUAGCCCGUUGUUGGCAGCUAGAGCAUUGCCAGCAUCUGCACCCUUUGCUGCAGUGUCUGCUCCGUUGUUAGCGGCUAGAGCAGCGAUUGCAGCGCUACCGACUGGCUCCUUGGUGGCUAGAGCCUUGCCAGCACCUGCACGAUUUGCGGAAUUGCCUCCUUCUGUGGUGGCGGCGAGAACUUUGCCCGCAUCUGCACCAGCUGAAGCUGGGAAAAUAACCGAAGCUUUACCCGCUCCUGGUCCACUUCACCGAUCUGCUCCAUCGCCUUCACCUAGUCCUUUACCUUCCGAUGUAUCGCCUUCAGCUCCACUAGCCCGAUCCAAUCAACCAUCACCUGCACCUUCAGAUUCCUCUACUCCAUCACCUCUUAAUUCUGCUCCAUUCUUCUUUGGCAUAGUGCGCUCAAGCCCACAGGUUUCUCCUAGUCCCCCACCUUCUUCCGAUUCACAGCAGUCUUUGCCACAACUUCGAUCUGUUCCAGCAUCUCCUGUUCCUCAAACUUCUUCCUCUCCACAAAGCCAGCCCGCUGCAGGACCUAGUGCUAGGAUAACUGUGUCAUCAGCGUCGCUAAGAGAAAGUGCCGAGUCCAGAUCUGCCGCUUUAAAAUCUGAGUCACCCGCACCUGCUCCGUUGGUCAAGAGUGGCCAACUGACCGCCGCCCCUGCCGUAGCUGCGGCUCCAGUGGCGUACUCUGGUUUGAAUUAUGGAGAGAUUUUAGCCCCCGUUGCUUACAAUGUAUGGUGA